AUGCCCGCUCUAUCUUGCCUCCCGCUCUCGCAAGUACUACGGACGUACUUCAUCACAGCCGUCUCAUCUUCGCCCUUCCUUCUCGGAACUUCCACAUCCAUCUUACGGCGGAUGCUUGAGAGCAAGAGCCCGCUCUUCAAUGUAGAACGGAAUCCUGUUCUCCGAAGUCUCCUCUGGCAUACGUUCUACCUUCAAUUCUGCAUGGGCUCAACUCGAGCCGAAAUCGACAAAGCAUGUCUUGAACUUCGAGCACAGGGCUAUAGCGGCGUGAUCCUUGAAUACGCUCUCGAGGUCCUGAAGGACGCAGAAGGCAACGAGGCAGAGGAUGUGAAAAUCUGGAGGAAAGGUAUGCUGGAUACCGUCGACAUGGCACAACCUGGCGACUUCGUGGGCUUGAAGUGGAGUGGUAUGGGCGCAGCAGCUAUGAGGCGGAUGAAGGAUGAUCUCGAGCCCACGGAACGGAUGAGCGAGGCUAUGCAUGCUUUGUGUUCUGCUGCGAAGGAGAAGAAUGUCAGUCUGUUGCCUGCGGCGGAGGAGACAUGGAGUCUAAGUGGCUUUCACAAUUGGUGUCUCAAGAUGCAAAGGGUGUAUAAUCUUGGCGGCAAGAGUGUGGUGUAUGCUACCUACCAGGCCUAUCUGAGGCAGACUCCUCAGACUGUGGCCAAGCAUCUUGAGGUGGCGAAGGAGGAAGGCUUCACACUUGGGUUGAAGUUGGUCAGGGGUGCAUAUCUCGGAAGUGAGAAGCGAGAGCUCAUCCACCCAAGUAUCGAGGCCACGCAUGAAGCCUACGACGGCAUAGCAGAAGCACUACUGAAGCGGGAACCCAACUCAUGGGUCUCAUCUCCAGAAGCGAGCAAUGCCUGGCCAAGAACAAACAUCAUGCUAGCGACCCACAACGCCAUCUCUGUCUCCCGCGCCCAGGCCCUACGCCGCACUCAAGCCGCUUCGGACAUCCCCCUCACACCUCUCGCCUUUGCACAGCUUCAAGGUAUGGCGGACGAAGUCUCCUGUACACUUGUCGCCGCUGCGAAAGCUGCUGAGAGUGAGGAGGAUGCAGUGAAGGAGAGAGUGUAUAAGUGUGGGACGUGGGGUACUAUGGAUGAGUGUUUGAACUACCUGCUCAGGCGGGCGGCAGAGAAUAAGGAUGCGGCGGGACGGACGAGGGAGACUAGGAUAGCUAUGGGCGCUGAGUUUAGAAGGAGGGCGAGGCGGUUGGUUGGGAUGGCUUGA